AUGGCUGGCCUAGCCCCAUCCCUCGCCCUGAGCCUAACGGCUCCAAGUCCACGGAGCGCUUCUGAACUCACUUCCUUCCCUCCAGCUCCCUCCAACAUGGCGGGGUGGAUUGGCUGGGUCUUUACCCUCGUCUUUCAUACCAUUCCAAGUCUGCUGUACUGGCUGAUCACCUUUGCGACAAUCACACUGCCCACAUGGCUAUUCACACUGUUCUCCAUGAGCUUGACAUUUACCAUGAAUUUUACCACCAUAAUGUUGAUCGUGCUCGGACUGGUAUCGACGGUGGCUUGGUUCAUACGGUAUCGCUUCCUCAACAUGUACAGCCGCUUGCCCCCGGAGCCUCAGCGCAAGGAAGCGCAGAUCGAUCUAUUCCCCGAUAUCCAGGAUGGGGAUUCCAAACCGGGGCUGGCCAAUUAUCUCGAUGAAUUCCUGAGCGCCAUCAAAGUGUUUGGCUACCUCGAGCGACCUGUGUUUCAUGAAUUGACCCGGACAAUGCAGACGAGGAAGUUGAUCGCGGGAGAGACGCUGAUGCUGGAAGAGGAAAAGGGGUUCUGCCUGGUGGUGGAUGGGCUCGUCCAGAUCUUUGUGAAAUCAAUGCGUGACGGAAAGACAGGCUCGCGAGAGAAUCUGAACAUGGAAGAUGCAUCCUCGGGCGAGGAGGGAAAUCACAUGCAUGGCCGACAGGGCUACCAACUUCUGACCGAAGUCAAGAAUGGCGCCUCGAUGUCGUCUCUAUUUUCCAUUCUCCAGCUGUUCACCGAGGAUAUAGAGCUGCGCAAUUCGCAAAGCCAUACUUCCGCCGCCUCGACACCCGUGCGAGGACAGACCCCAGUCCCUGAUGCCUUCCCGGUGAGUCCAAGCUCGGGUGUCAUCAACAGUCCCAUCUCUACGAUCAGGGAUGCCGGGGAUUUGAAUACCGGUGCCCGCUCCAGCGAGUCCUUGCCACCGGUGCCCCCGCUGAACCUGGGCGAAAGCCAUUCCUUGCCAGGCCGUCAGAAUCGCGCCCAUACCCCGCAGCGAGAGCACAGCGACCACUCCCACGCCAAGCACAAGCGUCGCAAGUCAGUACACCCUGACAUUGUGGCCCGGGCCACCGUUGAUACAACUAUCGCCAUCAUCCCAGCGAGCGCCUUCCGCCGUCUCACUCGAGUCUAUCCUCGAGCAACAGCCCACAUCGUUCAAGUGAUUCUCACCCGUCUCCAGCGCGUCACCUUUGCCACAGCCCAUUCUUACCUAGGCCUCACUUCCGAGGUACUGGGCAUUGAACGGCAAAUGUCUAAAUUCACCUCCUGGGAUCUGCCCAACAAUCUUCGUGGGAGCGCCUUGGACCGGCUGAAGGACAAGUUUACGCGGGAACGAGAUCGUCUGGGAGCGGAGGAAGUUGGCAAAGGCAUUGCCCUCCAUAAUCCUUAUGUCGGCCGCAGGCGACGAUCGAGUAGUACAUUGCGAAAAGAGGCAGUUCUGCACGCAAAGGUUGCCAAUGAUCGCCCCUUGGCUCCCUUGACUCCACAACGACCACCCCAAACAUACCUUGACAGAGAUCAGGCUGGUGUCAGCCCUGGUGAUCUCUUGUCGACCAUACAGCUUUCUAGGUUUGGGCCGCGGUAUGAUCAACUGGCACCCCGCAUCCAGACUCCUCUCACCGAAAGAGAACAGCCUCAAUUCUUGCCUUCUAACAUGAACGCUCGGCCCACCUCAACCUUUCAACGAAAGGAGUCUGUUGACGAGGACGCAUUAUUUCGCGAGUCGAUUCUUGACUGUAUGAUGAAAGGCAUAGGUCUCGACGAGAGCUCACGCGAUCCUUUGCGCAAGGGCAGCCACUCGGGCGAUGCCUCGCCCAGACUGCUUUCUUUCGAUAGUCGUCGUCAGAAAGCAGUCUUCUCGAACGCAUUUGGCUUCAUGGAUCCAUACGAAGGGUCUGGCGACGGAGAAUCAGAUUCCAUGAAGUCCAUGUCAGUGACAAGCGCAGGCGGAACUUCACCUAUAUUCAACCUGAGAGAAGAGCUGCGACAUGACAUUGAGGUGGUCUACUUCCCGCAAGGCACGGUUCUUGUGGAGCAGGGGGAGCGUCACCCCGGUCUGUACUAUGUCAUAGAUGGAUUCCUGGACGUUGGAAUUCCAGCAGACGAAAAAGAUGACAUACUGAUCGGAUCUUCCCAUGGAGCCAGUUCCCAAGCACAGGAAGAGCUGUUCCCGAAGUUGAGGCGCACAACAACAGCGUCUUCGCGCGCCUCAGGCUCAACAUCCGGCGCUGAUUCUCGACGGAAGACGCAGUCUCGCAAGUCCCUGUAUCUGAUCAAGCCUGGCGGUAUUCAAGGAUAUGUUGGUGCCCUUGCAUCAUAUCGCUCCUACACGGAUGUCGUGGCCAAGACAGACGUCUACGUUGGAUUCCUUCCCCGCGCCUCCCUGGAGAGGAUCUCGGACAGACACCCUGCUGCUCUACUGACUCUGGCAAAACGACUGACGAGACUUCUGCCGCGGUUAUUGCUUCACAUAGACUUCGCACUUGAGUGGGUUCAAGUGAGCGCGGGUCAAGUGAUCUAUCACCAAGGAGACGAAAGUGAUGCAAUCUAUCUUGUUCUGAACGGUCGCCUGCGGUCUGUCCUUGAAGGACCGAACGGUAAGAUGACUGUCACCGGUGAGCAUGGCCAAGGCGAGAGCGUGGGCGAACUCGAAGUCAUGACUGAAUCCACGAGGCCAUCUACAUUGCAUGCGAUCAGAGAAACAGAGCUGGCCAAGUUCCCGCGAUCUCUUUUCAACAGCCUCGCACAGGAACACCCUGGUAUCACGAUUCAAGUUUCAAAGCUCAUUGCUCAGCGUAUGCGUGACUUGGUUGAGCACCCGCUGUCCGAGAAGAGCUUCGAGCAAGGAAGUGCUGCUGGUGUCCAAACCGCAACCUCAACUGUUAAUCUCCGCACUGUGGCCAUUCUUCCAGUCAUGGCUGGUGUCCCUGUUGUGGAAUUCGGAAAUAGGCUUCUACACGCGUUGCACCAAAUAGGUGUGACCAGAGGUGUCACGUCGCUCAACCAAGCGGCAAUUCUGAACCAUUUAGGUCGCCAUGCAUUCAGCAAGAUGGGAAAACUUAAGCUUUCGCAGUAUCUGGCCGAUCUUGAAGAGAAGUAUGGAAUGGUGCUGUACAUUGCCGAUACGAAUGUGAAUGCACCAUGGACGCAAACUUGUAUCGCGCAAGCCGACUCCAUCUUGUUGGUAGGCCUUGCUGAGUCUUCACCCAGGAUCGGUGAAUAUGAAAGGUUCCUGCUGGGAAUGAAGACAACAGCCCGCAAGGAACUCGUUCUUUUGCACGCUGAGCGCUACUGCCCACCCGGCCUUACCCGCGAAUGGCUAAAGAACCGUGUUUGGAUCAAUGGUGGCCACCACCACAUUCAAAUGGCCUUCCACUCAACCACUGAGCCGGCAAACCCACCUACCAAGAAAUUCGGCACCGUUCUGAAACAACGUGUCCAGAUUCUACAAGCUGAGAUUCAGAAGUAUACAUCACGACGGGCUCAGCAAACCCCGCUCUAUUCCUCACAAACUGCAUUCAAGGGCGACUUCCACAGACUGGCACGGCGUCUGUGCGGCAAGUCUGUGGGCCUCGUAUUGGGCGGAGGAGGAGCGCGUGGUAUCGCGCAGGUCGGUGUCAUCAAAGCACUCGAAGAGGCCGGAAUACCAAUUGAUAUCAUUGGUGGAACAUCGAUUGGUUCUUUCAUUGGGGCUCUGUAUGCGCGUGACGCCGAUGUUGUCCCCAUGUACGGAAGAGCCAAGAAAUUCUCGGGGCGCAUGGGCAGUAUGUGGCGAUUUGCACUGGAUUUGACUUAUCCAACAGUCUCCUACACCACGGGUCACGAGUUCAACCGUGGAAUCUUCAAAACCUUUGGCGAUAGCCAGAUUGAAGACUUCUGGCUGGAGUUCUAUUGUAAUACAACCAACAUCAGUCGAUCUCGAAUUGAGUAUCACUCGUCCGGCUAUGUUUGGCGGUACGUCCGAGCAUCAAUGUCCUUGGCAGGCCUCAUCCCUCCGAUUUGUGACGAGGGAAGCAUGCUGCUGGACGGUGGCUACAUCGAUAACCUGACUGUGGCACACAUGAAGAGCCUUGGAGCAGAUGUGAUCUUCGCUGUUGACGUCGGUUCCAUCGACGACACAACACCGCAAGGAUUUGGAGACUCUCUCUCGGGCUUCUGGUCAGUAUUGAACCGGUGGAACCCAUUCUCCUCCCUCCCCAACCCUCCAACCCUAUCCGAAAUCCAGGCAAGGCUGGCGUAUGUCUCAUCAAUCGACAAUCUCGAGCGCGCGAAGAACAUGCCAGGCUGUCUCUACAUGCGUCCACCCAUCGAUCCGUACGGGACCUUGGAUUUCGGCAAAUUCGACGAAAUUUACCAGGUUGGCUAUGCCUAUGGCCGAGAAGUCCUCGAGCGUCUGCGUAACGAAGGUUCAUUACCCAUUCCGGAAGAAACGGAGGAAAAGCGCAAGCUGCAGCGCACGAUGGCUCCCCGCAGAGCCAGUAUCUGA